GUUCUUACUCCCAUACAGAACGACGUCGUGAUUGGAUGAUAUACUUCAGCGGUGGGUCACUCGUUUGGCGCGCAUAAAACCUCACACUCAUUUGAGCCGCGCCAUUUGCCUGUCGUCUUUUUCUUUUUUAUAUUAUUUUUCAAACUCGCGUUCAUUAUAAUCUACUCCUCUGUUUUGCCGGCAACUGGUUCACUGUGCACCCGUAACAGCGGAGGAUGACCACCGGCGGCGGUGGGGAGAGCUCGUCCAUCGAAGUCACGGCAACGUGGGCGGUGGCGGCGGUUUGCUUCGUUCUGAUUGCGGCUUCCAUCCUCAUCGAGCACGGCCUUCGUCUCGUAGCUAAGUACUUGGGAAGAAAGAGGCGAAGAUCUCUUCUUCACGCUCUUAACAAGAUCAAAUCAGAUUUGAUGCUUCUGGGGUUUAUUUCCUUGUUACUGUCGGUACUCGAGAGGCGAAUCGCGACCAUAUGUAUUCCGAGAGGUGUCGGUGAAUCUUUUCUUCCUUGCAAAAACCUCACUAUUGUUAUGGAGGAGGAAUCCAAAUGUCAGCAACAGGGAAAGGUUUCCUUGAUAUCAAGAGUUGGUGUGCAGCAACUUCAGAUGUUGAUAUUCUUUUUGGCUUUCUCUCACGUCCUCUGCAGUUUCCUCACGUUUAGUCUUGGGACUAUAAAGAUGAAGAGAUGGGAAAACUGGGAGGCAGAAACUAGAUCACUCGAAUAUCAAUUUUCAAAUGACCCAAUGAGGUUCCAAUUUAUUCAUCAAACGUCAUUCGGGAGGCGGCAUCUCCAAUUCUGGAGUGAACAGAGAAUGCUACGGCUGCCGGUUAGUUUUCUCCGUCAAUUCUUUGGAUCAGUUUACAAAGUAGAUUAUUUCACUCUUCGACAUGGGUUCAUAGCGGCCCAUUUUGCCGAAGGAAAUAAUUUUGAUUUCCAAAAGUAUCUGAAACGAGCGCUUGAACAAGAUUUUGAGGUGGUCAUAGGCAUGCGUCUUUGGAUCUGGUUCUUUUCCGUACUCUUCAUAUUCUUCAACGCAUAUGUAUUUCGGAACUAUGCUUGGCUCCCCUUCAUCCCCCUAGUGAUGCUACUGGUGGUUGGGACUAAGCUGCAAGGCAUAAUCACCAAAAUGUGCUUGGACACCAAUGUUAAAUCCCAUGUUGUCAGAGGAACUCCGCUCGUUCAACCAGGAGACCACUUCUUCUGGUUUCGUCGACCACAAUUGCUACUCCACCUUAUGCAUUUCAUCUCAUUUCAGGUAGAUAUUUUUUUUUUUUUUUUUUUUUUUAANGAGGUCUUGUUUCCACCAAGAAACGGAAGAUAUCGUCAUAAAGCUAGCGAUGGGCGUUAUGAUCCCCAUUCUCUGUGGCUACGUCACUCUCCCUCUAUACGCUUUGGUCACUCAGAUGGGCACGUCCAUGCGUAAAUCCGUAUUCUCUCCGGAAGUUGUCGAGGGCCUCAAAAGAUGGCGGGAUAAAGCCAGGCGAAACCUGGCCACAAAUACGAGCCCGAAUCCAGCGCAACUUUCCUUGGACCCGUCAGUCGAGUCCUGUCCUUCUUUCAGCACUCUCGAUGCUUCUCAUGUGCUUGAUGUGGACUACAUGAGUGAUGAUGUGGCAGAGUCGGACGGGAGAUUGGAUGGGGAAAUAGUAGCAGAAAGGCCGCCCGUGCAACGUGGCUCGUUCGAAGGCUUUGAUUUGAAGAGAGAGUUGACAAGAGUUGACAGGGUGAAGCUAGCCGACCUCACUUAGAGUGUAAUAAGUAUGACAGGGUGAAGCUUUUGUAUAUUGUGUGUGUAUUUUUUAGUGUUAAUUUAUUGAAUAUUGUAGCAAAUGGUUUAUAAUUAUAUAGAUUGUUGGUACAUUGAUGAUGAUUAUUUAUUGAAGCCGAGCGAGCAACUAGGAGCACAAGUCCUUCAAUAGGAUCUGAUUGGUAUGUCGUGAAUGACGUGGAAAUGGAAUGAUUAUUCCUUUAUUCAUUCUUAUUCUCAACGCAAAACUUAUGUAUAUGGGAUUAGUCAUUUUAUAGCUAAUGGAUGAUUUUUUUUUCUCA